AAUAGAGUAAACUUCAAUGUUCAAUCCUUCGGCAGAAGUCGGCAAAGUUGGACGUUCUUUGGUUGCUAGUGAAGCAAGUUUUGCAGUUACUCCCUCUCUUUCUCUCUCACACUUUGUGGUGUGUGUUGUUUAGUUCACUGAUCAGAGAAGGUGAAGUGAAGCUGAAAGGUGGAGCAAAACGAUCUCGGUGCAGUGUUUUUGUGCCAAGAAAUCAGCGAAGGGGGCAGGAGCAAGGAGGCGAGAGAGAAAGAAGUAGAACGGAGUGCUUGAACGGUAUUACGCAGUUUUUGCAUCGUCAACUGAAGUUGAAUUAAACGUGGAAUAUUUAGACAGAGGAAAAGUAAAGUGAAUUUAGUACUAUUCUCCGGUUGAAACCGAUUCGUCGUUAGAGCUGUUUGUUUUGUAUUGACGUUGGUUUUUCAUUGGACAGUGUUGCAAAGUGUUAGAAAUUGCUGGAACGAAUUUUAUCAGCCGGCGUCUGUUUUUCAAGGCCGGAGGACAUUUUGUUUCCUCGAAACAAGUUUUUCAGAGAUAGAAAGACUGUUUAUUUUAUAAUUUGUAACCUGUAUAAGCUAAGUGCGUGCAUAUUGCGUAAAGAUUUCGUAAGUGAAAUAAACUGAUCUCAAGACGGUUUCGAAGCGGCGAGGAAAAUCCUAAAAUAACUCAGAGGUUGUCCACCUUUCGUGUGUGGGUGCGCACUGUGCGACAUCAGUGUGGGUGAUAACCAACUUGCCAAACAGUAACAAAGGAAUUUGUAGUUGGAGUUUUGGUGUCCCGGGGACAACUGCCGUAAUGAUGGAGGUCGAAAAGUUGUUGAACGGGGAUCAUGCCACCCACAAUGGUACCAAUGGGCACCAUGCGGGCUCUUUAAGUCCAACCGGCAGUCCGAAGGCUGCCAUCAAUGGAGCUGGUGAUGGACUUAUGAAAAAACCUACUGCCAUUCUGGAUGAUAAGCAUAAAAGACGUGGACGCAAGUUGUCUCGAUCGAACAGUAAGGAUGGUGUGCUGGGAGUCGCCGGUACUCCGAACUUCGUUGCCCCACACAGGAAAUGGAAGAACAGUCGCCGAUCACGCAACGGUUUCGGCCGUGGCUUACCGAAGAAGGGCGGUGCUGGAGGCAAGGGCGUUUGGGGCAAACCCGGCUCGGAAAUCUACAACGAGAUGGACGAAGAGGAUCAGAACGACCCGAACUUCGACCUCGAUGCCUUCAACAGCUCGCACAAUAUUGAGCUUAAGGAGGUCAUCCCGGACAUGACCGACGAGGAGUUCACCAAGAAGGUAGAACCGAUUAUACUGGAGUAUUACGAGCAUGGCGAUACCCACGAGGUCGCCGAAAGUCUCGACGACCUCCUGAACAUCGAGCGACGGCCAUUGAUCACCAAGAUUGCCGUCGAGAUGGCCUUUGAGCACAAGCAAUCACAGCGGGAGAUGACAUCCGUGCUGAUCUCGGACCUGUACGGCAGGACCAUCACUAGCUGGGAUAUAUGCAAGGGUUUCGACAUCUUGCUGGAGAACCUACCGGACCUGAUCCUGGACACCCCAGAUGCACCGCACAUUCUGGGCAAUUUCGUCGCCCGGGCAGUGGCCGACGAUUGUAUACCGCCAAAGUACGCCUACGACGCCGAGAAGGACGACGGCUCGCUGAAUUUGCCGGCACGAGAAGCCUUGACGCGUGCCAACACGUUGCUCUCGAUGCACCAGGGCUGGGGCCACCUGGACAAUGUGUGGGGUGUUGGUGGUGCACUGCGGCCAGUGCAGACCAUCACACGCCAGAUGGCGAUGCUACUGCAGGAGUACCUGCUGUCGCGCGAUCUCGAGGAAGCGCAGCGCUCCAUUCGGGAGCUCGAAGUGCCGCACUUCCACCAUGAACUGAUUUACGAGGCCAUCGUUAUCGCGCUGGAGGCGCUAAACGAGGCCACUGAAGAGGCAUUCUGUGUUCUCUUCAAAACGUUGGACGAAACCUGUAUGGUCUUACCGGAGCAAAUGGAGCAGGGCUUCCGUCGCGUCUACGACGAUAUGACCGAUAUUGUGCUGGACAUUCCUUUGGCCUAUUCCAUCCUGGAUAGGUUUGUACAACGCUGCCAGCGCGCCGGUUUCCUCAGCGAUGCUGUUAUCAAGGAUUUACCCUCAAGAGGUCGCAAACGUUUCGUUUCCGAGGGUGACGGUGGUCGCAUCAAACCGGUCAAUUUGAGUGCCUGCGACUUUUAAGGACUCUCAUCUUACGCAUGUGUCAACAGCAACAGCAGCAGCAUCAGCAGCUAAAGUAUCGAUUUAACACCUCAGCUUUUAGUUUCUUUUUUGUGUUUGGCGUGUCAAUGGAAUAAAAACCGGGCAGCAAAAAACAACCGGUCCCCCCUCUUUACGCACAGACAUGUGUGCAGCAUUCCCGGAAAACGGUGUGAAGAUGGAGCUUUCCCGGUGGCGCCGGGGCCCUUUCAGCCCGCAACAUUUGUUUUUAUGAGAAGAGUGAGAUUUGAAAGAAGUUUUUCCAUCCUGCAAAACGGAUACGAAUACUACUUAUAAGACCACCACACAUUACUCUGUCUACCUGUCGAGAGUCAAGAGCGGAAGCCCACUUUCCCGCGGGUUGUUUGCACCGUUAGAUCGCAGGAAGAAUGGACACUCUCUUUUUAAUAGCGGUAAGAUAUAUGUAGAACACUCACAGCAGCAUCUUUUAUGCGAUUUACAUCAUUUGCUACUAUCAAGUAUUAGGCAGAGGCCGAUCACCGCCAGCAGAGCGAAUACGGAUGAUAAACUAAACUUUAAAAAGAAGGAAAGGGAUAGUUCUGUCGGAGGAAACAUAUUCAUCGUAACCUAUUUAUACAAAAAAAAAAUGAACGGAAAAUUCUAACUACUAUUGAAACCACUAUUUGAACACAUAUGUAUAAUCUAAAGAAAAGCAAGAAACUAAGAAAAAAACUGAAUGGAACCUACUAUUGAUAACAAAACUUGUUUUACGCGAAAUUCAGCAAAAAAGUUGUAAAAUUACACACAACACUAAAGUAAACCUUCGAACACGUAUAAGCAGAAAUAAAAAUAAUUAGUAGACUAAAGGGUGUCCUCCGUUUACAAACUCAAGCACUGGACAAACCCCGCCCUAGCAUUUAGGCAAUUGUUGUUUGCGACAAACGAAAAAAAGUGUUUCGUUUAAUUCAUUUAGCGUUCCAUGUUUUAAUCCAAGAAGAUCCAAGAAGCCUUAUUACUAACUUAGUAGCACAAUAUGUAGUGGUAGUUGAGUGAACUUAUUUCUACAUAUCGGUACAUUUACUUGCGCGCGUUGUAGAAGCCUAAUUAGUAAGAGGACGCAUUUUUCGCAUAUUUUUCAUUAAAAUCAAUUUUAUUCCGAAAAAUUUCUCGUUCUUUGCUUGAAAUUUUCGCUUCUAAUUCCAAGAUUGAAGGUUUGAACGGUUGAAUUGAUAUAAGAAAAAUGCUACCUGAUUACACAUUAGUAUCCCCAUUUCUCGUAACUAUUCAACGUUUCCUGUCGACACGAAAUAAAAUUAACAAUAUCUUAAUAUUCUAAUCGCAAAUGUCGAGAGAGAAGAGCACCCCGUGUGAAUCAGUGUUUUGUUUUCCAUUGACUUGACGAUACUAUUUUGCUUUAGUUGGAUAGCAGCUGUCUGUCCUAGUGGUAACCUUCCCACUUUCGAUAUCUUUGCAAAGGCAAAUUUUGAUCACCGGUGAAAUGAGAAAAAAAGAAACCGUAUAUGUUAAUAUUCUUAACGCAUAGUAAUACUAUAUCGUACUGAGUUAAGUUGCAGAUAAAAAUGCAAAGAAACCAUGAAAAUAAAUACAUGCAAUUAUUGAGCAUAAUAAAAAA